UUCCUCCCCCGACCCUCUGCACCCGACGAGUCCCCCCAACUACCGCCACCCAUUUUCCGGCCGAAAAUCCGGCAAAGCUUGGGGAUUUCUCCCUAUUUUCUUGUCUUAGAACACCUGUUGAACCCAGAAAAUCCCAGAUCUGUGUCUUCCUCCCUCUGCUGUCCGCCGGCUUCAACUUGUGGGUUUGAAAUUUCUGGGCAUUUUUCGCCGCGAGUUCCCUUGCAGAAUUUCUUCUUCUCUGCUGUCGGCUUCUCCCCCCUGCUAGGCUCGGUUUUUGCUUGCUAAAUUUUGGGGAUGAAUUUGGCAGCCCUUUUAAAUGCGUUUUAAGCUUGAUUAUGUAGAAUUUAGCUUGAAUUAGCCGCUGUGAUGUUUUGUGUGAGAAAUCCCGUGUGUGUGAGUUGUGAUUUGCCAAAGUCAUGCCCUCCAUGUGCUGCCCGUGAGAUUGGGAAAAAAAUUUGGUAGCUUUAAGGUAUGUUUUAAGUGUGGUUUAAGUAAGAAAUUAGCUUGAAUUGGGUUGUUGUGAUUUUGGAGAAAAAUCCUAUGAGAUUAGUUAUUGUUUUGCCAAUUUUGGGAGUUGAAGUUACUGUUCAUGAGGUACUGUUCACGGGCAUUGUUCACGGGCACUGUUCACACACCGAGGGUUAACGAUUAACGGGGAUUUAAAGGUUUAGUUUGUGAUAUAAGAAUGAAUUUGGAGAUGUCCGAUUAUGUGGAGAUUGAUAGAAAUAGCACUGUGAUUAGGGAUUUUGAUGGUAUUAGUUUGUGAUUUGAAUAAGUUCCGAGCCUUGUGCACUUGUGGGACACGUCUCACGAGUGCACGGCGUCUGCCACAUCCCUGGAUUUGGGUUCUGGGGCAUGACAGAUUUAGUGCUAAGAGAUUUAGAACCGUGGUGAGACGAGUGAUGGGGUUAUACAAGGGACGAUUCUGAUUUGUGUUGCUCGAAUUUUCUGAUUCACUUUGAUGUGAUAGUAAUUCAGUUAGUACCCGUUAUCUACCGAUAGUGAGAAGUUUUGAAAUUAAUCUUGCUCACUAUGCUAUUAGGACCUUGUUUGAAACUUGGUCCUUUGUGAUAGUAUGCUUGGUUUGGGUUGUGGCAGGAUGUAUAAGGCCUUCCACAUUAGGUCUGUUUGUUUGAGUAUUCAUCUAAGCAUUCAUACAUGAAUGCAAACAUGGACAUACAUGAGCAUAUACACGCAUACAUGCAUGCACACAUGGGCAUUCAUACAUGCAUGCAUAAAGGCAUUCAUUCAUACAUGCAUAUGCAUGCAUUCAUCCGUUCAUGAUUCGAUAUAUCCGAGUGAUGUUUAUCCGUCUCGGAUAGGGUUCCAUCGUUUAGUUGGAUACAUCAUUAGACUCCCUGCCAUGAUGUGUUUGAUGAGUGCCGGGAAGCGAAAUCGAGGACGGGUAAAUCAAGGGGAGUGACGAGUUAUAAAGCUAGCCAUUUCGAGAUUGAGCAUAGAUUUAGAAAUAAAUCAUGAUCUUGUAUUUGGAGAUUUUAUUGGAGAUUUAUGAUAUCAAAGAGAUUUUAUAAUUUGAUCUUCAGAUUUUGAUGGUAUUAGUUUGUGAUUUGAAUAAGUUCCGAGCCUUGUGCACUUGUGGGACACAUCUCACGAGUGCACGGCGUUUGCCACGUCUCUGGAUUUGGGUUCUGGGGCGUGACACGCCGUCUGUG